UUGAAAAUUAUAAGUAAGCACCAAAUGGCUUAUUCAACACUUCUAGUAACUUACUAUUAAGUAUUAAGCCAGCUAGCCAGAAAGGAAGCAAAUAAAAAAGGUCCAAAGAACCUCAAGAUCCUAAGUUCCCCCCUCCAAAAAGAAUUCCUUCCUCUACUUCCUUCCUUCCUUCGACUCCUUUCCACUACUACUUCCCUUUCCCAAUUCGAACACCAUCGCAAAUCUCCUUCUUCUUCCCCACAAUUCCUUCCCAUGCCGGGAUUCCCAAAUCCCCACCUCCCCUUUUUCCUAAUUCUACUCCUGACCUCCAAUGCCGCCUCCUCCGCCGCCAUUAGCGUCGGAGCUCCUCUUCCACACCCUUCCACCCACCAAUUCAAAGAAGCCCCUCAAUUCUACAACUCCCCUGAAUGUCCCGCAAUCGACUGGGACGACGAACGCGAAGGCGCCGCCGGCGACCGCGUAGGCGGCGCAAUAUUCUGCUCGGAUCGAGCCGUCCACGUGGCGAUGACCCUCGACACGGCCUACAUCCGCGGCUCCAUGGCCGCGAUCCUCUCCGUCCUCCAGCACUCCUCCUGCCCGCAGAACAUCGCCUUCCACUUCGUCGCCUCCCAAUCCGCCGACGCGUCGGCCCUACGCGCCACCAUCUCUUCUUCCUUCCCUUACCUCAACUUCCGGGUUUACUCCUUCGACGACUCCUCCGUCGCCCGGCUAAUCUCCACCUCAAUCCGCUCCGCGCUCGAUUGUCCCCUCAACUACGCCCGCAGCUAUCUCGCCAACAUCCUGCCCAUGUGUGUCCGGCGGAUCGUCUACCUCGACUCCGACCUCGUCCUCGUCGACGACAUUGCCAGGCUGGCAAGGACCGACCUCGGGGAGAGGGCGGUGCUGGCGGCGCCGGAGUACUGCAACGCCAAUUUCACUUCCUAUUUUACCCCUACGUUUUGGUCCAACCCUUCUCUGUCGCUCACUUUCGCGGACAGGAGGGCGUGCUAUUUCAACACCGGGGUUAUGGUGAUAGAUCUGGAUCGGUGGAGGGAAGGGGAUUAUACAACCAAAAUCGAGGAGUGGAUGGAGCUGCAGAAGCGAAUUCGGAUCUACGAAUUGGGUUCCCUGCCGCCUUUCUUGCUCGUCUUCGCCGGCGAAAUCGUCCCCGUGAACCACCGGUGGAACCAGCACGGCCUGGGAGGGGACAAUUUCAGGGGGCUUUGCCGGGAUUUGCAUCCGGGGCCGGUGAGCUUGCUGCAUUGGAGCGGGAAAGGGAAGCCGUGGGCCCGGCUCGACGCCAAUCGGCCGUGUCCGCUUGACGCGCUCUGGGCUCCGUACGAUCUGUUGCAGACGCCGUUCGCUUUGGAUUCCUGACCGGGAAUUGGGGUGGGGAAACGCGGAAAGGUGAAAGAAACCCGUAAAUGGCGGCACGAAUUGAACGAAUCCGAAGCGGGAUUAUAGGCCGGCGGACGGCCGGAGAUAUCGGGAUGUCGAGAUUCCGGCGGCCGACACGGGUGGAAUUGUGUAGUAGCGGAAGGAAGGAUGUAGAUGGAAAAGAGGGGAAGGUUAUACAGAAGUUAAUAAUUUUUUUUACUGUUUGUCUAUACACAUAUCAACUUCUCUGUGAAUUUUGAUUUUGUGAAGUGGGGGAAAAAAAAUAAACUUUUUACUGUCGUUUUCUUACUGUGUUUUUUACCAAUGUUAACGGCGAAAGACUGUAUAGCUAAAAAGAGCAUAUUCUAGGUGUGUUGGAUGAAUGAUUAUGAAUGAAUGAAUCAGUGAACUCUGCAAUAAGAAAUUAGUUAAUGUUGAACAGUAAGUUUUUAGUGUUCUAUAAGAUACCGCCAAUGCAGAAUUAAUCGAAUGAUUGUAU